AUGCGAGGUCGCUCCAGCCAGCCAAACGCCCAUCAUCGCGGGGAUUCCGCUGCGCCGUGCGGUGGCAACGACAGGUUGGGGAUCGAAUGCGGCAUCAACAUGUCGGGCCGCUGCCAGGAAGCGACGUACGAACACGGCGUCUGCGUCAACGGCAAGUCCGUCUGCCGGACCCUGUCCUACGCCAGCGACAAGGAGUGCGAGAGCCAUCUACCAGCAGCGUUCCGGCGACGAAGUCGCGCGAUGCACGCUCGACGUCUGCGAGGAUUUUCCGACGCGGCCCGGCGUUGCGAGCGCGUACCCCAGCCGGACGGUUGCAAGGACGUAGGUGAGUACGCAUAG